AUGGCGGACUUCCUGUCGACCCGAUCCGUGCUAAACCAGUGCUUCCCAGUUUGCCUGCUUACCAGCACCGAGGUGGAACAGCUGAGGAAAUCUAAGGAGAUUGACAAAAGUCUUUCCCGGGACAAAACCUACGCGGAACGACUAGUAAAGAUACUUUUACUGGGCGCGGGCGAGAGCGGAAAGUCCACUUUCCUCAAACAGAUGAGGAUCAUCCACGGGCAGGACUUCGACCAGCAAGAUCGUGAAGAGUUCCGGGGAACAAUUUACAGCAAUGUUAUCAAAGGUAACUAGGGAGAACGUCUACGGGACUAAAAAGUUACAUUAGUUAACAUUCUGAACUUUCUUCUUUCGAGCCCGAGUGAAAGUUGAGUGGUAAAAAACUUUUGGGCGAAGUUUACAUUCUGUGUAUGCGUGGAGGUGCUGCUAGCCGAAGUUAGCUAGUUAGCUAGGGGUUUAGCUUCAGAAAUAAAAUUAAACAUCACUGCUUUGUGGAGGAACGCCAGUGUUGUUUAUAACUAUCGGCUAGUAUGAGCCGGAAGAAAAAAAAUGUAUGCACUCACUAACUGUAAGUCGCUCUGGAUAAGAGCGUCCGCUAAAUGACUAAAAUGUUAAUGUAUGAGAGCGUCUCAGCUUCUUAGGUAAAAGGGCCAUUUUAUGUUAUAACUAGUUAAAUCCGAUGCACACAAACUAUGAUGCAAUUCAUGCAAAAAGGGCAUUAGGACGCCUCUUUAGAAAGUAUUACUUCCGGCUGUCAACCCUUCAAUGGCGAAGCUACAUAAAGAUGUCGGAAUUCGGAUAUGACAGCAUUGUUUUACCACUAUACUCCAGGUCGGUAUUCAUGUCAUAAGAAGGAAUUCCCCUCGACCACGCCCACACAGAAAUUGGGGAACACGAACGGUAUUCCACAUUGACCCCCAUAAAAAUAAAAAAAAAGCCAACUUUGUCAUCGAUAUUUAAUUAUACAGAAAUUACAAAACAUGCCGAAAAGCUGUUGUGUUGUUAAAUGUACAUGUGAGCUGCGCUCAGAAUUAGAAAAGUAUGAAUGCCAAUGGUCCAAUAUUCUAGAACACUGCUGUGCAUACACGUACUCGUUUGAUACUCUGAUAGACCCUUAAGGCUAAUCUGAGUGGGACCCUGGUGUCCAAGUACACGUAAGACCUUUAACUUGUUUAGUAUAGUACGUUUGUACAGUGCAUUUAGAAAGUAUUCAGACCCCUUCACCUUUUCCACAUUUUGUUACGUUACAACCUUAUUCUAAAAUUGAUAAAAUUGUUUUUCCCCCCUCAAUCUACACACAAUACCCCAUAAUGACAAAGCAAAAACAGGUUAGAUUUUUUUGCACACAAAAAGAAGGAAAUAUCACAUUUACGUAAGUAUUCAGACCCUUUACUCGGUACUUUGUUGAAACACCUUUGGCAGCAAUUACAGCCUCAAGUCAUAUUGGGUAUGACAUUACAAGCUUGGCACACCUGUAUUUGGGGAGUUUCUCCCAUUCUUCUCUGCAGUUCGAUCGGGUUCAAGUCCGGGCUCAGGCUGGGCCACUCAAGGACAUAGAGACUUGUCCCAAAGCCACUCCUGCGUUGUCUUGGCUGUGUGCUUAGGGUCAUUGUCCUGUUGGAAGGUGAACCUUUGCCCCAGUCUGAGGUCCUGAGCACUCUGGAGUAGGUUUUCGUCAAAGAUCUCUCUGUACUUUGCUCCAUUAAUCUUUCCCUCGAUCUUGAGUAGUCUCCCAGUCCCUGCUGCUGAAAAACAUCCCCACAGCAUGAUGCUGCCACCACCAUGCUUCACUGUAGGGAUGGUAUUGACCAGGUGAUGAGCGGUGCCUGACGUGACGCUUGGCAUUCAGGUCGAAGAGUUCAAUCUUGGUUUCAUCAGACCAGAGAAUCUUGUUUCUCAUGGUCUGAGAGUCCUUUAGGUGCCUUUUGGCAAACUCCAAGCGGGCUGUCAUGUGCCUUUUACUGAGGAGUGGCUUCCCUCUGGCCACUCUACCGUAAAGGCCUGAUUGGUGGAGUGCUGCAGAGAUGGUUGUCCUUCUGGAAAGUUCUCCCAUCUCCACAAAGGAAAACUGGAGCUCUGUCAGAGCGACUAUCGGGUUCUUGGUCACCUCCCUGACCAAGGCCCUUCUCCCCCGAUUGCUCAGUUUGGCUGGGCGGCCAGCUCUAGGAAGAGUCUUGGUGAUUCCAAACUUCUUCCAUUUUAAGAAUGGAGGCCACUGUGUUCUUGGGGACCUUCAAUGCUGCAGAAAUGUUUUGGUACCCUUCCCCAGAUCUGUGCCUCGACACAAUCCUGUCUCGGAGCUCUACAGACAAUUCCUUCAACCUCAUGGCUUGGUUUUUGCUCUGACAUGCACUGUCAACUGUGGGACCUUAUAUAGACAGGUGUGUGCCUUUCCAAAUCAUGUCCAAUCAAUUGAAUUCACUACAGGUGGACUCCAAUCAAGUUGUAGAAACAUCUCAAGGAUGAUCAAUGGAAACAGGAUGCACCUGAGGUCAAUUUCGAGUCUCAUAGCAAAGGGUCUGAAUUAGGGAUGCACUGAUAUGACAUUUUUGGCCGAUACCGAUAUCCAAUAUUUUCCUUGCCAAAAACACUGAUACCGAUAACCGAUAUUUAACAUUGUAGCGGCCUUUUAAGCAUUCUAGUACAGUUAAAUAGUUGAAACAAAAUGUAAUAUGUUCAUUUGUUCAGUUAGGAACAGAUUGUUUAAUAACUUGUAAAUGAGAAAAAUGAGAAAUCCAUGAAUGUAUUUUAUCGCACAACAGAUAUUCAUGACACAAAUAUUUUAGCUGCCCCCCCGUAUUACAAAGAUGGUUCAGUUGUUGGUGGCUCUUCUACUAUCCAAUCUUGACUGUAUGAAGAAACUUAAAAAUGCUUUGAAAUAAAUAUUGGUUUAAACUAAAAUGCAGUUAAUCAUUUUAGUUUUAACUGCUUGAAAAAAAUGACUGUCUCUAGGCUAUGUCAUAAACUGGUAUAAAUGGCACAACUUAAACUUUUCAAAUGUGCUCAACUGACCUGACUAGUAAAAUGCGAGCAAAUUUACAACACAUCAUCUCAUCUUUCAUUUAGGAAAUAAAAAAAUUUUAACGAAAGAACAAAACUGCUUUGUUUUAAAUUAAAUGAAAGUCUUGACCUAUACCAGCCAUGAAUAAACAACAGAAAAGCCAUUGGGCUUAGUCAAUUAUUUUCCAUUGACUCUAGAUGGCUGGGUUACAAUAUAUAUAUAUAUAUAUAUAUAUAUAUAUAUAUAUAUAUAUAUAUAUAUAUAUAUAUAUAUAUAUAUAUAUAUAUAUAUAUAUAUAUAUUUUAUUACUGCCCAUUUAUAAUUUUACCAUUUGGGGGAGGUUUUUCUUCACAAAGAGGACCUGCUCGGCUUUGUCACGAGAGUCUGUUUCUUUUUUGUCUACAAAAAAGCUGCACUGAAAAGGCGCUCACUGUCCACACUAGCACAGGGAGCACCAAGAUACUUACGCGCAGCUUUAGCUAGGAUGGGGAAACGGUGCUUGUUACUUCUCCAGUAUCCAAGUGCAUCUUUAUUCCUGGGAAUAGUAGGUUCUGUCAGGUAUGCUAGUAUCUGCAAAUAAUGGGAAAGGGGGUGGGGGGGGGGGGUUAGUACAUUUAAUACAACAUAUUGCAUUAUUCUUGCAUUCCAAAGGAUCAUUAGGCAUAGAUCAACAUUGGCAAAUGUUGGCCGAUGUAGUAACAGAAAAUGAAAAUACAACGCGUCCCUCUCUCACAGAGAUACACACACACACACACUAACCAAAAAGUUAUUUUGUUGGCAUUUACGUGUGUCCCCAUUACCAGUAAAACAUAAUCAAAACCGAUUUCUUUCACUUACUUACUGUGCUUUUUCGUUGUUCAGUCGUUCCAUUCUCAACCAGGAUUUCAUCAUACAUGUCAAGCAGUGAAGUUACAGCUCUGUCUGUCUAUGGCCUCUUCUGUCGUGGUUCCUCUUCCUCGGUGCGCACUCUCACCGUGUCCGUUUCCAUCUUGUCCAGCUGUGUCUGUAACAUUUCACCUAAACCCUGUUUCUUGUCUGCGUCGAAGUAGCGGUCCUUGUACCUAGCAUAGAGCAUGGUGGCGACACAGUAAAGAGGCUCAGAGAGAAUGCCACCGAAUCGCUUGUUCACAGCCUCUAGAGUAGUUUUGCAAGUUUUAACCUCACGGUCUGUGUCGGCAGUUUUGUUGAGCAGGCGUUUCAAUGCCAUGACAGAGGGUAUCACGUCUGCUGCAGACGCAGUUGAUGAACUUAUUUCUCGAGUCAGUUGUUCGAAUGGAGCUAGGAGAGUGUUCAUGUUUUCAAUGAGAGUCCACUGGAUUGUACUGAUUUGUUGCAGGUAACGCAUAGUCGGCUGUGUACACGCCAAGCACUCGUUUUUGUUCCAGCAGUCUCUCUAUCAUGUAAAAAGUACUGUUCCUGUAUUGCUUGCAGGCGGCUGUAUGCUAGCUGUGAGUGUUUAAAAUCACCCACUAUCUUCCUACCUGUUGCCACUGGCGUGUGUGCCAUGCAUGGCAAACUGGCAUCUCCGCAUUCUUCCAAAGCCUUUGUCAUGUUACGUGCAUUAUCACGUAGCACAGCCUGUACUUUGUUCUUGGGGAUUUUUCAAGUUUCAAACAUGUUCUCAAAUGCCAUUGAAAUGGUAGCAGCGGUAUGAGAACCAGCACAUUCUUGAGCAUGCAAUACGGCUCUCCUCAGGACGAAAUCCUUGUCGACCCACUGUGCUGUCAGACUCAGCAUGCUCAUGGGGCUGACAUCGCUAGUCCAAAUGUCAGUGGUGAAGCUAAUAGCAGUGACGCCCAUAGCAAGUAGCUCAUGGAUGUGCGUUUCAACAAUACUGUGUAACUCCGGUAGGGUAACAUCUGAAAAAUAGCGCCUACUUGGUAGUGUGUACCGGGGCUCGAUGUGCUCGACCAGUCGGCGAAAGCCAACAACAUCCACGACAGAGAACGGUAGAAUGUCAUGGGUAAUGAAUACCAUUAUCUUGGCGUUAAUGGAUUUCGCCUUUGAGUCUCGCCGAAAUGUUCUUACUCUUUCAAAUGACUGCUCGACUUGAACUUGUUUAGUUGUUGGAAGUGUGAGCUUAGUUUUUUUUUUCUGCUUUUGUUGUAAGUAGUCGCUGAACGUCUGGGGGCGAUGCACUUUCAAAUGAGUAAUUAGGUUUGUGGUAUUGAAAGAUUUCACUUUCUCCCCUCCUCGGGAAAUAAUAGCAGCACAAACGUUGCAUAUGGACUUUUUGUUGUCUUCCUUUGAAACUUCAGAAUAGAUCCACACAGCAGACAUUGUGGGCUAGGUUAGGUCAUCUACCUACGUUAUACAGGUAUGCACGUCAGCUUUGACAUCGGUUUUGCACAUCGGUGUUAAACUAUACAAGAGCCAAUGUCGGUGUUGGCGUUUUUAGCUAAUAUCGGCCGAUUCCGAUAUGCUUACCGAUUUUAUAUCGUGCAUCCUUAGUUUGAAUACUUACGUAAAUAAGGUAUUUCUGUUUAUUUUUAAUACAUUUGCAAAAAUUUAUAAAAACCUGUUUUCACUUUGUCAUUAUGGGGUAUUGUGUGUAGAUUGAUGAAGAAAAACAUUUAUUUAAUCCAUUUUAGAAUAAGGCUGUAACGUAACAAAAUGUGGAAAAAGUGAAGGGGUCUGAAUACUUUCCGAAUGCACUGUAACUCCACUCACUUCUUGUAUCUGUAUAGUCUGUCUGUUUGUUUGGUCUUGGCUAGCUUAAUGUCCGGUCAGUAGCUAGCUAGCAAUCACUCACGUGACUAACGUUAGCGCUGUCAUGAAAAGGGGCAAGAGCGAAGCCCUACAAUACUACGUUUUUCUACGUAGUGGGAAUGCUUGGGAGAAGGCAAUGUUGAAAAGUAAUCUUUAGACCUGUUGUACUUUUCCUUUAAAUGUAGUUUUGUAAUUAACAAGCAGAAAACAAGAAAAUUGUGUUUGAAAAAGGUGAAUUUGUUUUCCCCAAAGGCAGGCGGGCCACAACAUUCUAUACUGAAAAAAUAUAUAAACGCAACAUGCAACAAUUUCAAGGAUUUUACUGAGUUACAGUUCAUAUAAGGAAAUCAGUCAAUUGAAAUAAUUUCAUUGGGCCUUAAUCUAUGGAUUUCACAUGACUGGGCAGAGGUGCAGCCAUGGAUGUGCAUUGGAGGGCAUAGGCCCUACCCACUUGGCAGCCAGGCCCACCCACUGGGGAGCCAGGCCCAGCCAAUCAGAAUGAUCCAAUCUGUGAUAUUUUAUUUCAGCUCAUGAAAAAUGGGACCAACAAUUUACAUGUUGUGUUUUUUUGUUCAGUGUAUUUAUUACCAACUGGUAUUAAAUACCGACAUGGUUCAAAGCCGACUGGUACUAUCCACUGAGUUUUUAAGCUAUGGCGCGCAACAUGGUUCAACAAGCCAAUAUAUCAGCACAAUAUACUUUUUGGGGUUUUCAUUUUACCGGUGUAUUGGAGCUAGAAUUGGGAUCAUGUAUACGGGAGAGGGGUAAGUUGAGCCAAAGGGUUAGUGGAGCCACCCCUUGUUUCUAGGAAACCGUACUUAAGCAAUAAGGCACAAGUGGCAGUGCUGUAUCAUGAAUACUGCCGCAGGUAAAUGGCAUUGUCAACCCAUUUACCUGUGAUUGUAUUCAUGAUACAGCACUGCCGCGCGUUCCUUAUGCCUUGAUCACAUUUACAGCGUCAUUGUGUUUUGGUACACCAGAAGUACAUUCAUUUCCAAUGAAACGCUGCGUUAGCCUUGCAGUAUUGCGUUGCAGUGCGUUCUGUGUGGCGCAUACUUUGGAUUUAUUGAAUUUAUGCAUCAAAUUGUAUGCGUAGACGGCUUGACAGAAAUAGCAGGUGAAUGUAGGCAGACGGCGCAUAUUAACCGCCGCCAAACCAAACCAAAUGCUGGAAACAAGGUGAAAUAAUGUGUGAGUUAAGAUAAAUACAAGAGAAGAUUCGGACAGCGACACGAACAUGAUAUUCUUAUGAAGGCACAGUGAUAAUUCAGAUGGAACUGUUAGCAGCCAUAGGUGUGUUUGUGACGGCCAAUACAGCUCGGCUUGCAACGCUGCUCGUCCAAUCAGGAUCCAAACAACCAGUUUUAUGAACAAAAUUAAUAAUGUGACCAAAUAUUUAGGAAGAGGUCAUCAUUUCAAGGAGUCUGUGAAGGAAGAAACCACAUGGGAAAAGGUGGUAUGCACGUUAGGUCAAAUGAAUUGAUUGUGUUAUAGGUUUUAUGAUGCUUUUAUCUAAACCAAAGUAGAUAAUUUAAAGAUUGUUUUAUAAGUCAGUUAGGGAGUCUAUAAGCUACAAUAUGAGGUCCUAAACCUAGCAUAAAACUCCAUCCUUGUAGCUGUGUGGGUUAAUAUAGUCAAUGUUUGCCUUGGGGUAAGUUGUGCCAAUGGCCACCAUGCCCCAUACAAAUUAUGAUUACAUUUCAACAGGUGUAGACUAACAGUGAAAUGCUUACUUACGGGUCCUUUUCCAACAAUGCAGAGUUAAAGAUAAAAAAAAUUAUAAUGUAAAUAGUGACACAAGGAAUAAAUACACAGUGAAUAACAACGAGUAAAAACAAACAAACAUGGCUAUAUACAGGAAAUACCAGUACCAAGUCGAUGUGCAGGGGUACGGGGUAAUUGAGGUUGCUAUGUACAUAUAGGUAGGGGUAAAGUAACUAGGCAACAGGAUUGAUAAUAGAUAGUAGCAGCAGCGAAUGUGAUGAGUGUGUGUGUGUGUGUGUGUGUGUGUGUGUGUGUGUGUCGUCAGUAUGCGUGUGUGUUGGUGUCAGUGUAAAUGUGUGCGAGUCCAGCGUGUGUGCAUAGUCAGUGCAGGAGAGUUGGUGCAAAAAAGUGUGAGCGUAUGUUUGGGUGUCAAGGUACGUACUGUAUGUGUGAGUGUGUGGGUAGAGGCCAGUGUGUGUGCAGAGUCCGUGCAAGAGUUCGUCUUUGGGGUCAUUUUUAUGCAUAGUAUUUUUGGCAAUUUGUCAUGCACAUGAUGUGUGUUUUUAUUGUUACAGAGCAGGCAUCAUCAUGACCCGUGUAUUCAAACGUUUAAAAAAAGCAGGGGUCUAGCCCCCCUUGAGGUUCUUGAGAGAGCAGACAAGGAAGUGAGAGAAGGGAAGUAGCUCCGUGUAGAGCAUGGCGCUUGCAACGCCAGGGUUGUGGGUUCGAUUCCCACAGGGGGCCAGUAUGAUUUUUUUAAAUAUAUAUAUAUAUAUAUAUAUAUAUAUAUAUAUAUAUAUGUAUGUAUAUGUGUGUGUGUGUGUAUAUGUGUAUAUAUAUGUGUAUAUAUAUAUGUGUGUGUGUGUACAGUGAGGGAAAAAUGUAUUUGAUCCCCUGCUGAUUUUGUACGUUUGCCCACUGACAAAGAAAUGAUCAGUCUAUAAUUUUAAUGGUAGGUUUAUUUGAACAGUGAGAGACAGAAUAACAACAACAAAAAUCCAGAAAAACGCAUGUCAAAAAUGUUAUAAAUUCAUUUGCAUUUUAAUGAGGGAAAUAAGUAUUUGACCCCCUCUCAAUCAGAAAGAUUUCUGGCUCCCAGGUGUCUUUUAUACAGGUAACGAGCUGAGAUUAGGAGCACACUCUUAAAGGGAGUGCUCCUAAUCUCAGUUUGUUACCUGUAUAAAAGACACCUGUCCACAGAAGCAAUCAAUCAAUCAGAUUCCAAACUCUCCACCAUGGCCAAGACCAAAGAGCUCUCCAAGGAUGUCAGGGACAACAUUGUAGACCUACACAAGGCUGGAAUGGGCUACAAGACCAUCGCCAAGCAGCGUGGUGAGAAGGUGACAACAGUUGGUGCGAUUAUUCGCAAAUGGAAGAAACACAAAAGCACUGUCAAUCUCCCUCGGCCUGGGGCUCCAUGCAAGAUCUCACCUCGUGGAGUUGCAAUGAUCAUGAGAACGGUGAGGAAUCAGCCCAGAACUACACGGGAGGAUCUAGUCAAUGAUCUCAAGGCAGCUGGGACCAUAGUCACCAAGAAAACAAUUGGUAACACACUACGCCGUGAAGGACUGAGAUCCUGCAGCUACCGCAAGGUCCCCCUGCUCAAGAAAGCACAUAUACAGGCCCGUCUGAAGUUUGCCAAUGAACAUCUGAAUGAUUCAGAGGAGAACUGGGUGAAAGUGUUGUGGUCAGAUGAGACCAAAAUCGAGCUCUUUGGCAUCAACUCAACUCGCCAUGUUUGGAGGAGGAGGAAUGAUGCCUAUGACCCCAAGAACACCAUCCCCACCGUCAAACAUGGAGGUGGAAACUUUAUGCUUUGGGGGUGUUUUUCUGCUAAGGGGACAGGACAACUUCACCGCAUCAAAGGGACGAUGGACGGGGCCAUGUACCGUCAAAUCUUGGGUGAGAACCUCCUUCCCUCUGCCAGGGCAUUAAAAAUGGGUCGUGGAUCGUUAUUCCAGCAUGACAAUGACCCAAAACACACGGCCAAGGCAACAAAGGAGUGGCUCAAGAAGAAGCACAUUAAGGUCCUGGAGUGGCCUAGGCAGUCUCCAGACCUUAAUCCCAUAGAAAAUCUGUGGAGGGAGCUGAAGGUUCGAGUUGCCAAACAUCAGGCUCGAAACCUUAAUGACUUGGAGAAGAUCUGCAAAGAGGAGUGGGACAAAAUCCCUCCUGAGAUGUGUGCAAACCUGGUGGCCAACUACAAGAAACGUCUGACCUCUGUGAUUGCCAACAAGGGUUUUGCCACCAAGUACUAAGUCAUGUUUUGCAGAGGGGUCAAAUUCUUAUUUCCGUCAUUAAAAUGCAAAUCAAUUUACAACAUUUUUUACAUGCGUUUUUCUGGAUUCUUUUUUUUAUUCUGUCUCACUGUUCAAAUAAACCUACCAUUAAAAUUAUAGACUGAUCAUGUCUUUGUCAGUGGGCAAACGUACAAAAUCAGCAGGGGAUCAAAUACUUUUUUACCUCACUGUAUAUAUGUGUAUAUAUAUAUAUAUAUAUAUAUAUAUAUAUAUAUAUAUAUAUAUAUAUAUAUAUAUAUAUAUACAUACAUACAUACAUACAUACAUACAUACAUACAUACAAUACAUACAUACAUACAUACAGUGGGGAAAAAAAGUAUUUAGUCAGCCACCAAUUGUACAAGUUCUCCCACUUAAAAAGAUGAGAGAGGCCUGUAAUUUUCAUCAUAGGUACACGUCAACUAUGACAGACAAAAUGAGGAAAAAAAAUCCAGAAAAUCACAUUGUAGGAUUUUUAAUGAAUUUAUUUGCAAAUUAUGGUGGAAAAUAAGUAUUUGGUCAAUAACAAAAGUUUCUCAAUACUUUGUUAUAUACCCUUUGUUGGCAAUGACACAGGUCAAACGUUUUCUGUAAGUCUUCACAAGGUUUCACACCACUGUUGCUGGUAUUUUGGCCCAUUCCUCCAUGCAGAUCUCCUCUAGAGCAGUGAUGUUUUGGGGCUGUCGCUGGGCAACACAGACUUUCAACUCCCUCCAAAGAUUUUCUAUGGGGUUGAGAUCUGGAGACUGGCUAGGCCACUCCAGCACCUUGAAAUGCUUCUUACGAAGCCACUCCUUCGUUGCCCGGGCGGUGUGUUUGGGAUCAUUGUCAUGCUGAAAGACCCAGCCACGUUUCAUCUUCAAUGCCCUUGCUGAUGGAAGGAGGUUUUCACUCAAAAUCUCACGAUACAUGGCCCCAUUCAUUCUUUCCUUUACACGGAUCAGUCGUCCUGGUCCCUUUGCAGAAAAACAGCCCCAAAGCAUGAUGUUUCCACCCCCAUGCUUCACAGUAGGUAUGGUGUUCUUUGGAUGCAACUCAGCAUUCUUUGUCCUCCAAACACGACGAGUUGAGUUUUUACCAAAAAGUUCUAUUUUGGUUUCAUCUGACCAUAUGACAUUCUCCCAAUCCUCUUCUGGAUCAUCCAAAGGCACUCUAGCAAACUUCAGACGGGCCUGGACAUGUACUGGCUUAAGCAGGGGGACUGCAGGAUUUGAGUCCCUGGCGGCGUAGUGUGUUACUGAUGGUAGGCUUUGUUACUUUGGUCCCAGCUCUCUGCAGGUCAUUCACUAGGUCCCCCCAUGUGGUUCUGGGAUUUUUGCUCACCGUUCUUGUGAUCAUUUUGACCCCACGGGGUAAACUCUUGCGUGGAGCCCCAGAUCGAGGGAGAUUAUCAGUGGUCUUGUAUGUCUUCCAUUUCCUAAUAAUUGCUCCCACAGUUGAUUUCUUCAAACCAAGCUGCUUACCUAUUGCAGAUUCAGUCUUCCCAGCCUGGUGCAGGUCUACAAUUUUGUUUCUGGUGUCCUUUGACAGCUCUUUGGUCUUGGCCAUAGUGGAGUUUGGAGUGUGACUGUUUGAGGUUGUGGACAGGUGUCUUUUAUACGGAUAACAAGUUCAAACAGGUGCCAUUAAUACAGGUAACGAGUGGAGGACAGAGGAGCCUCUUAAAGAAGAAGUUACAGGUCUGUGAGAGCCAGAAAUCUUGCUUGUUUGUAGGUGACCAAAUACUUAUUUUCCACCAUAAUUUGCUAAUAAAUUCAUUAAAAAUCCUACAAUGUGAUUUUCUGGAAUUUCUUUUCUCAAUUUGUCUGUCAUAGUUGACGUGUACCUAUGAUGAAAAUUACAAGCCUCUCUCAUCUUUUUAGUUGGAGAACUUGCACAAUUGGUGGCUGACAAAUACUUUUUUUCCCCUGUGUAUGUGUGUGAAAUAUUUAUAAUAUAAAUAUCAUAUGUGGAUGUCUAUAUUUUGUGUUUCUCUGUUCUGUUUUUGUAGUUACUUGCAUAAUUGUGUCUUUUGUUGUCCCCAUUGUCAGUUGAUCGUUAUUCCACAUGACAAUGACCCAAAACCACACGCCAAGGCACAAAGAGUGCUCAAGAAGAGCAAUUAAGCCUGAGAUUGGCCUAGCCAUGUCUAGAGGCUUUAUCCCUAGAAUCUGUGUGGAGGCUGAAGGUUCGAGUUGCCAAACAUCAGGCUCGGAAACCUAAUGACUUGGAAAGAUCUGCAAAGACGGGGAAAAAUCCCUCCUGAGAUGGGCAAACUGUGGCCACUACAGAAACGUCUGACCUCGUGAUUGCCCACAAGGGUUUUGCCACCAAGCUAAGUCCCUGUUUGCAGAGUGUCCAACUUCUUAUUCCCUCAUUAAAAUGCAAAUCAUUUACAACAUUUUUUGCAUGUGUUUUCUGGAUUCUUUUUUAUUCGUUCUCCGUUCAAUAAACUACCAUUAAAAUUAAACGGGCUGAUCAUGUCUUUGUCAGUGGGCAAAGUACAAAACUCAGACAGAGGAUCAAAUACGUUGUACCUCAGAAAUUUCUGUAUUAGUGAAAUAUUUCACAUAUUCUAAUAAUCAUAAAAUCUAAAUUGAUUUUGGAAUUUCUUUAUAAUUUUCGUAUAGUUACGUGUAUAUAUAAAUUACUACCUCUAUUUUAAUAACUUCAAAUAUGUUACUAAUAUAUUUUUUCCCCUUUAUUUUUGUAUGUGUGUAUAUAUAUAAUGUAUUUAUUUGUUGUAUAUAUGUUGUUAUUGUUUGUGUUUGUGUGUGUAUGUGUGUGAUGUAUGUGUAUAUACAUGUGGGUUGUUUUGUUUGUUGUGUGUUUGUUAUAUAUAUAUAUAUAUAUAUUCACACCAAACACAUACAUGGAUCCAUAAUAAAUACAAAAUACAUGGGUCUGAGCUUGAUAAUGAGAGGCGAUGAUAGAGUAGCAAAGGAACACAAGGUCUGAUCUGAUGACAUGGAAUCUUAGCUUGAUAAACAUAUCAAGAAUUUCGCUGCCCAGUUUAGUAGCCUCAAAUGCAUAGAACUUGCCUACGAAUUGGCACAUCGAAACAACAUCCCUGUCCCAGACAGCUGGUCAGGACUUAUACGCCUUGACUUAUUCAACAUUUUGUUGUGUUACAGCCUUUAAAUAGAUUUUUUUGUUUCACAGAUCUACACACAAUACCCCAUAAUGACAAAGUGAAAACAUGUUUUUUUAGAAAUGUUUGCUAAUUGAUUGAAAAUGAAAUACAGACAUAUCUCAUUUACAUAAGUAUUUACACCCCUGAGUGAAUACUUUCUAGAAGCACCUUUGGCAGUAAUUACAGCUGUGAGUCUUUCUUGGUAAGACUCUAAGAGCUUUCCACACCUGGAUUGUGCAACAUUUGCCAUUAUUCUUUUCAAAAUUAUUCAAGCAAAAACCAAGCCAUUAAGUCGAAGGAAUUGUCCGUAGAGCUCCGAGACAAGAUUGUGUCGAGGCACAGAUCUGGGGAAGGGCCAAAAAAAUCUCUGCAGCAUUGAAGGUCCCCACGAACACAGUGGCCUCUAUUCUUAAAUGGAAGAAGUUUCGAACCACCAAGACUCUUCCUAGAGCUGGCCGCCCGGCCAAACUGAGCAAUUGGGGAGAAGGGCCUUGGUCAGGGAGGUGACCAAGAACCUGAUGGUCACUCUGACAGAGCUCCAGAGUUCCUCUGUGGAGAUGGGAGAACCUUCCAGAAGGACAACCAUCUCUGCAGCACUCCACCAAUCAGGCCUUUAUGGUAGAGUGUUCAGACUGAAGCCACUGUCAGUAAAAGGCACGACAGCCCGCUUAGGGUUUGCCAAAAGGCACCUAAAGGACUCUCAGACCAUGAGAAACAAGAUUCUCUUGUCGGAUGAAACCAAGAUUGAACUCUUUGGCCCGAAUGCCAAGCGUCACGUCUGGAGGAAACCUGGAACCAUCCCUACGGUGAAGCAUUGUGGUGAUAGUAUCAUGAUGUGGGGAUGUUUUUCAGUGGCAGAUCGAGGGAAUAAGGCUGUAAUAUAACAAAAUGUGGAAAAGUCAAGGGGUCUGAAUACUUUCCGAAUGCACUGUAUAUCCUCCAACAUUCAGACUUGUUUGAAAUCACUUUUGUUACCUUCCGGUACUUGUGUCAGACAGUGGGUUGUGGGCCACAGACCCCCAUCAGAGAGUUUCUGUGUGUGGUUGUUGUUGUUAACUCUAAACCCUAUCUGUCCUCUUCAGGUGUGCGUGUGUUGGUGGAUGCACGGGAGAAGCUUCACAUCCCCUGGGGUUCCCCUGACAACCAGGUGCACGGAGACAAUAUGAUGUCAUUCGACACACGGUCUGCGAUGAUGGCGAACGGCCAGGUGGAGACAAGCGUGUUCCUCAAGUACCUGCCCUCCAUCCAGGUCCUGUGGGCCGACAGCGGAAUACAACAAGCCUACGAUAGACGCAGGGAGUUCCAACUGGUCAGUACACACACCGCAGUACACACACCGCAGUACACACACCGCAGUACACACACCCCAGUACACACACCCCAGGGUUUCCGUUAUCCGUCAAUUGCCGGCUUUUGGGCAAAAUACAAUAAAAUGAACAGCCGAUAAAUGAAAUUGUUGCCGGCCAAAAUAAUCCCAUUGCAAAAUGGUGCUUUUUAUUCAUUGAUGGAAAUACCAGUCGAUGGAAAUUAUAUUUGACUGUCAUGCUAAUCGGUCUAUAGGUUAAUUUGCAUAAUUGAGUGGAAUUCAAUUGGCCUGUGUGUAUUUUCGUUAGUCAUCAUGUAUCUUAUUUAUCCAACAGAACGAUCACACGCCCCCAGCAUACAGAGCCUAUUCCGAGCUAGAUUUCCCCAGCAGCUCCUCAGCUGGUUGCCGCUGGAGUAAAACGUGCUUUUAUAAGGCCAUUCAUUGCACAACCAAUCUAAAUGCAAUUGCGUGUUAAAAACAGUUUUGGUGCAUGAUGAAAAAAGAGCUACUAUUUUUAUUUCUCAACUGGUAAUUGAAGCGCGCCAUUCAAGUGCAGGCAACAGGCUAUCAGCGCGUCACCCACCACUUUACAAAUGGGAGCUGGAGGCAGUAUGCAUUUUGAAAAGGUACUUAAUUGUUUGAAACCUGAAUGUUUUACUACAUAUUAUGAGGCAUGUCUUACCUUGCUUCAAAGUAGGCUAUAGGCAAAAUCAGAUCAUGGAAAUGUGGAGCCAUUUCUUUUAUAAAGACUUCAUAGGCCACUCAGCAUUAAAGAGAGAGAUUGGGGGUAAGGCCCUGCGAUACACUAGCGUCCUGUCCAGGGGGUGUACUUGUACAUCAAGCUGCCUUGCUACAGAAACAGGAGAUGGGCUCAUGCUCCUAUGAACUUUUCCAGCUCGCACAAGCCAAGGAUCGAGCAAUGCUACAUACCCAGUGACUCUGCAAACGGCACCGACUCAGACGAGGCAGAAAAGCUAACGCUAGUUUUGGGAAACGCCUGUUACAUCUUCGGCCGUUGUAGGAAAGACGCAUCGUUAAAACAUUUUGUAACAGCUGCUUGCAGUUCUGAGCCAACCUGAAUACUAAGAUCCUGAGGGAAAUCGACGAGUACCAACAGCUUUAUGCUAUGGAGGAAUAAUAAUAAUAAUAAUAAUAAUAAUAAUAUAUUGUACGGGAUACAUUUGUAUUGUAGUGAUGCCAUUACUGUAGAGUAAUGCAAGGUCUCUUUCAUAAUCAUGUGAAAUGUCAAUUGCUAUGGAAAUGCUGGGAUGGGUUUUCUAUGAAAAUUAUGUUUAAUGUAAUUAUGAUGCAACUAUGAUGGUGAUACGAUAUGGAUUACAAUUAUCAUCCUGAAUAUUAAGGCUAUACUCACUUCAUGUUACACACAGACACUUAAUCAUGCAAAUUGUCUGGGUUAUUAUUUAUUUAGACGUCACACAUUAUAGUAUUACUCUUAUCCAGACAUUAUACACCCUCUCACUAAAUCACAUCCGAUAUCACACACAUCAACCUACUCAGAUCUACUGCACACAUAGCUUGACUCAAUUGUCUUAGCAUCUGUGGCGUUGGCUCACAGGCAAACGGGCAAGGGAAGAAAAACAAAUAUUGCUAGAACCUGUUUCUUGAAUUCUAAACAUCAGACAUUUUGAAAUCUAUUUUUGUCUGUCAUAAUACCUCUUAUGGCAGUAACUUUACAAGCACUUAUUAUGGUAAAUUUAGACUGAGUAUCUAGUUAUGGUAAGGGGUGAAAUAAGUAUAGCCAGUUAUAAUUAUAACGGUUUAGCAGAUUAUAAGAAAAGAUCAGUCUUUACGUGGCUAAAAGAAAAGGAAUAUAACAUAUACUGUUUACAGUAUGCUUAGAUGAAGUUGCGUGGGAAAAGGAAUGGGGGGGUGAAAUUUUGUCAUGGACAAAGGAACUCAAAAGGUGUGAUAUGAAUUAACAAAAAUGUUGAUUCUAAUGUGCAAAUAGUCAGGAAUGAUUCGCAAGGAAGGUGGAUCCUUUUCAAUGUGAAAGUGGAUAUAAAACAUAUUCUGCUCAUUAAUCUAUGGUCCAAAUCAGGAUGAGCCAUGCUUCUUUGAAAAUAUUUAUACCAAUUUAUUGAAUUUACCGGCAACAAACGAUAAAAUCAUUAUGGUGGGAGACUAUAACAAAGUGUUAAGUACCUCCAAUGGACCGUAAAGGAAAUCACUCUACAAACUAUCAUCACCAUGCCUUUUAAGGAAAUCCCAAAUAUUAUGGACACAUUAGAAAUAGUGGCUAUUUGGAUACUAAAAAACCCUGACCUAGUGAGAUAUACAUGGAGACUUAAUCCAGCUAGUCAUCUUGACUACCUUCUUGUCUCUUUCUCUCUUGCAUCAAAGGUUAAAAAAAUAUCGAUAGGAGACCGAAUGCGAUCGGAUUAUCAUCUAAUUGGCCUUCACAUAACUCUUACAGAAUUUCCACGUGGACAGGGAUAUUAGAAAUGUAAGCAGUCUACUGGAGGACAAUGUAUUCUUAACUAAGACAAAAUAAUUUAUAGCUGAAUUUUUCCAGUACAAUAUAGGUUCAGCAAAUCACCUUAUUGUUUGGGAUACCUUUUUAAAUGUACCUUCAGAGGACAUUAAAUUCAAUAUUCAUCAAUAAUAAAAAGGCAGAGAUACAAAACAAGUUAGAGGAAAAAGAACUGGAGGAAACGAUCUAAUGUAAUCUAUUACAAAAAUAAAGCAAACUGGAUGGAAUAUGGAGAAAAAUUCACCAAAUUCUUCCUGAAUCUCCAACACAAGAACACUACCAAAAAUGCAUUUCAGUUAACAGGUGUGCCUUGUUAAUUUGUGGAAUUUCUUUCCUCCUUAAUGCAUUUGAGCCAAAUCAGUUGUGUUGUGACAAGGUAGGGGUGGUAUACAGAAGAUAGCCCUAUUUGGUAAAAGACCAAGUCCAUAUUAUGGCAAGAACAGCUCAAAUAAGCAAAGAGAAACGACAGUCCAUCAUUACUUUAAGACAUGAAGGUCAGUCAAUCCGGAAAAUUUCCAGAACUGAUUUAACUCCUUAGUCAUAUCUCAGUUUACUCACUUACUUAUGGGGUUGCCUACUCCUGAAGAUUUGUUUUUUCAAAUCAGAUGAGCAAAAAAUGUUUCGUGUAAUCUGGGAUGCUAAACCAGACAAGAUAAAGCGUGCCUUUCUAUAUAAUGAAUAUGAACUGGGUGGGUUGACAUCAUUAAAUACAAAAGUACUAAACCUCUCUCUAAAAGCUUCACCUAUACAAAAGUUUUACUUGAACCCUAAACGGUUCUCAAGUAGAUUACUAAGAAAAGCUCAUCCAUUGUUUAAAAAUGGCCAUUUUGCCUUUGUGCAGAUUGCCAUGUCUCAUUUUCGAAUAAUUGAAAAUGAAACCUUUUUCAAAGUAUCUCUCUUUUUCAAACAAGCAUUGCAGAGCUGGUUACAAUUUCAGUUUCAUCCACCUGAAAAGAUAGAACAAAUAUUAUGGUUGAACGCAAAUGUGCUGGUUGAUAAAAUACCUGUAUUUAUGGAAAAUAGUUUUGAAAAGGGUAUUUUGUUUUUAAAUGAUAUUGUAAAUUGGAAUGGUGGAGUUAUGUCUUUAAUGAAGUUAUCAGAAUUGUAUGGGAAGGUCUGCUCAAUCCAAGAUUACAACCAAUUGAUUACAGCAUUACCCCAAAAAUGGAGGAAGCAGGUGGCAGUGGGAGGAGGUAGGGAACUGGUCUGUCUGCCCAAUAUAAAGGAUCAAAACUGGCAGAGGAAUAAAAAUGGUAUAAAUAGGAAAGUAUACCAGUUUUAUUUGUUGGGGGGGGGGUCUUGGAGGUCUGGUGGCCUGGCGGUUGGGAGCUUGGGCCGGUGGCUGAUAGGUCGCUGGUUCCGGGUCCCCAUUUUUCACCUUGUGGGGAGAUCUGUUGACGUGCCCUUGAGCAGGGCGUUGACCCUGGCUGCUUCUGUGGGUCGCUCUGGAUGGGAGUCUGUUAGAUGACUAUGUGUAAUGUAAAUGUUCAGCGGCUUCACUGCAAGUAGAUUGUAUGUUUUAAUAUUCAAAAAUAUUUAAACAUUUUUAAAAAGACUUCCUAGUGAGUUUUAAGUUUGGGGAAGCUUACCAUUUAUUCUACCGUUCUGCCUUUUUAUCUGUCAGUUGUGGAACAGUUUCACUUCAAUAAUAAUGUUUUAAUUUCUCAAAAUUAUUGUCAAGUGGUCAAUCAUAAAAAUCUGAAUUCAAAUGAUAAAAAUCUCAAAGUUAAUUCAACUAAUGCAAGAGCACCAGGCUCUGCCAUAUGGACAGGUACUUCUAUGCGUGUUCAGGCACGCACGCUCUCUCAGCAUUAUCAGGACAGAGAAACCAGACACUUGCUCAUUGUUCACAUGGAGCACUCCAAACAAAAGACAAUGGAAAAAAUGACAAAUCUCAUAAAUGAUGGUUAUGAAAUGAACCAAAACUUGUUUCUCACAAGUGUAGCGGUUUGUGAACUCUGCAAACAACGUUUCCACUCUCCGAGAAUGAGAACGAUAAAUGACUGUAAUUAAUACAGGCAUUAAGAGAAAUUAAUGUAGCCAAAUGACUGGGAUUAGUGGUACAUUUACUACUGGUGACCUAAUAUGCAGGGUUCGCACAAGGUGCUUGAGGUGUUUAAAGUACUUGAAUUUGGCACUCUGAAAUUCAAGUACUUAAUUUCUGAUUUUCAAGGUAUUCUUCUCAAGUUGGUACUUAAAAAGUACUUGAAUUAAAAUGAGAGAACAGAAAAUGAACUAAUAUGAAAACAAUUAGAAAAAUGUAUUGUUCUUGCGAAUUCAUUUCCAGGCUGACUACAGAGUUUUAUUUCCUCACGUGUUUUGCGCUCUGGAUGCCAGGCAAGCCCGCUCAUUCCACCCACACUUCCACUCAGCCAGGCAGGUACAGAACUGAACUGACUGAUUAGGCGCCGCCAAACGUCACAUCGAUAGCUAAAAUGCCGGGCAAAUGUAGACUCAAUCCUGCCUGGCAGGAUAUUGAUGUUUAUGAAUGGGUUUUGCCAGACGUAACCAGGGAUGUAGUGGAGGGUAAACGCCGUUUACGCACCUUUUUAUUUGUGAAAUAGCGUUUACUCACCUUUUUAUUUUGUUAAUUGUUUAUCCACUUAUUAUUGCGUUCCCAGCGUUGAUCAGCGCUCAGACGGCUUCUUGAUCUGAGUUCUAAUCGCACCUACCUCUGCGAACGAGUGAAUCAUGAAUGGUUCAUGUGUGCUCGUUAUGGUCACCUGCUCCCUUGUAUUUGCCUUGUUAGCAGCCCAUUCAUUCACCACUCUGUCCAACAGGAAACUCUGCCCACGACAUAGGCUGAGAGGUGAAACAAACUACCUCAGCCCAGACCUACAAUGGCAAGUGGCAGAGACUAUGGCUGACAGUGGCAGAGACUAUGGCUGACAGUGGCAGAGACUAUGGCUGACAGUGGCAGAGACUAUGGCUGACAGUGGCAGAGACUAUGGCUGACAGUGGCAGAGACUAUGGCUGACAGUGGCAGAGACUAUGGCUGACAGUGGCUAUUUUUUUGUUAUCCCUCGACUCCUGCCAUGUCAACAGACGUCCCCCAAACAAUAAAAAGCAGACUCUCGGAGAAUGUGUACAACUGGUAAAUAGUCGCUGAUAUUCCAGUCAGAUGUCGAGCUAGCUAGGUAGCUCAAGGGCUCUGGCUGUUAGCCAGGUAGCUAGCUAUAACUAGCUGGCUAGAAGGAUGAAGUUAGAAGUUAAUAUUAUUAGCAUGUACACUGAACAAAAAUAUAAAUGCAACAUGCAACAAUUUCAAAGAUGUUACUGAGUUAGUUCAUAUAAGUAAAUAAGUCCUGACUUACCACUCCUCUAUGUAGUAAAUAACUAGUGAAACAUGUAUUAUUGAGUAGAACUUGUAGGUAGUGAUGAAUAGUAAGUUAGUUGUUUUCUUUAAUGAGGUUGUGGUGAUAUACUGCCAUUUAUUUUAUUUAUUUUACCUUUAUUUAACUAGGCAAGUCAGUUAAGAACAAAUUCUUAUUUACAAUGACGGCCUACACCGGCCAAACCCGAACGACACUGGGCCAAUUGUGCGCCGCCCUAUGGGACUCCCAAUCACGGCCGGUUGUGAUACAGCCUGGAAUCGAACCAGGGGGUCUGUAGUGACGCCUCAAGCACUGAGAUGUAGUGCCUUAGACCGCUGCACCACUCGGGAGAAACAAUUGCAUAAUAGGAACUAUUACAAAUUGAUGGUCCUUGAAAAUAAAUAUUAGUGCUUGAAAAAGUACUUGAAAGUCCUUGAAUUUGACUUUCCACUGUCUGUACGAACCCUGUAUAUGUAACGGGGAAUUGAUCCAAAUAAAAAAAUCAAACAGCAAACAAUUCACACAAUGAAACAAUGAAUGUGCAGGAAUUGGCAGGAGACAGCUGAGCCAUUCUGGAGAGAGACUCACCUAUAUCUUUUCACACACCCCUCCCCUUGUCAUAUUUUAGAUGCUUUUCACUGACAGCCGCAAUUCAAUAAUCAGCUAGGACUAUUGCCACGCGCACUGCCCAAAUUGCGGCCUUCCAAUAUAGGCAUAGGCCUACAAUUUGAAACAAUCCACAGAAGCUAAUGAUCCUCGAUUCCUCUGUGGCCAAGUCAUGCUUUCUGGUGAAGUAUUUAGAAUUACCGUAAUUUUCGGACUAUAAGCCGCGCCUUUUUUCCAAUUUUUCGACCCUGCGGCUUAUAUAACGGUGCGGCUAAUCUAUGGAUUUUUACAGCUAACGGCCACUAGAAGACCUCCUAAAUCUAUGGAUUUUACAGGUUACAGUCCACCAACUUUAACUCUAUGGGCUCUAUGACCGGUCCGCGCCCCCCACCUUUAAGCGGCGGGCUCCAGCAGGAAAAGCUGGAGGCCGGAAAAGAGUGAGACGGGUAGCGCGCAAAAGUAAAAGUGGAACCGAGAGUGGUACGAGAGACCGAACGAGAGACAGAACGAGAGCAAGACAGACAGACAUUACGAGAGCGAGACAGUUUGUCUCUUUCCCGACAAUCCCCUCUGUGCACGAACCCUUACAUAUGGUAAUUAAAUAUUAAAACACCUGCGGCUUAUAGUCCAGUGCGGCUUAUAUAUGUACACAUCAUUCAAUAUCAUUCAAUUUAGCUGCUGCGGCUUAUACUCCGGUGCGCCUUAUAGUGCGGAAAAUACGGUAUUUAAUUUAUUUCUGUAUAGACAGGAGUAAUUAUAUAAUUUAGCCACAUUUCUUAACAUUUCUUCCCCUAUUAGACCCACCACUAUGUCAUUUCUCUCCUGUUCCAUUGGUUUUCAUAUCAACUUUCUUUCAUUGUCCAGAAGCCAAAGGAACAAUCCCAGUCAGAUUUUUAUCUAAGUCACAUAUAGAACUGCUAUUUGGUGCACUGCUUAGAAUGGUGUUUUCCUGCGAAUUGCAUUGUUGGCAAAUGUUUGAAAAUGCAAUUUUAUUGGCUGCUUCAUUACAUGAGUUGCAUGUUCUGUUAAGAUGCAUUACCAUAAUCUAAAUGUUAUUUCUGUCAUUCUGAGCACUGUGCGUGGACACCCUAAUGGAUAUUAUGCAGCCAAUGCAUAUGGGUCUGGUAAAUUUCUCAAAUGGCCGGUAAAUUAAAAUCUUCCGGUCACGUUGUCCGGUGCCACAUUUUCCUAACGGAAACCCUGAUGCACAGACACACACACACAGACACAGAUUCAGACUCGGCAGAGCUGAUCUGAAGUAAAAGUGAAACUGACUUGCUACUGCUUCCUCCCUAAUCUCUCAAUCUCUCUCUCUCUUUGCGUGUGUGUGUGUGUGAGGUUGGUGUGUGUGUCGCACGCUAAAGAACGUGCAUCAGUCCGUUUCCUGUGCAGACCCCAGCUCUCCUGUCUUGACGCCUGGGCUUUCCAAACACACACACUAGGGCUGGGAAUUUCCAGGGACCUCACAAUACGAUAUUAUCACGAUACUUGGGUGCCGAUUUCAAUUAUUUUGUUCCCAAUUGAAAUGAAUAGUAAGUAAUGUAUUGUGUCAUUUUGGAGUCACUUUUAUUGUAAAUAAGAAUUGAAUAUGUUUCUAAACACUUCUACAUUGUGGAUGCUACCAUCAUUGUGCGUAGUCCUGAAUGAAUCGUGAAUAAUGAGUGAGAAAGUUAGACGCACAAAUAUCGUCCGCCAAGACGUGCUAACCUCUCACCAUUACAAUAACAGGGGAAGUUAGCAUUUUCUGGGAGGUAUGAUAUUUAUGCCUCUAACUUUCUCACUCAUCAUUAUUCAUAUAAACAUAUUCUAUUGUUAGUUACAAUAAAAGUGACCCCAAAAUGACACAAUACAUUAUUUACCAUUCAUUUCUAUUGGGCACAAAAUAAUCUGAAACACAACCAAAACAAACUGCAAAUGCAUCCAACAGGUUUGUAGAGUCACAAGCUUAACGUAAUCAUUGCAUGCUAUGAAUAUUAGACCAAAUACUUAACUUUUGACCACUUUAAUACACAUAACAGAAUUUGUCCCAAUACUUUUGGUCCCCUAAAAUGGGAGGACUAUGUACAAAAAGUGCUGUAAUUUCUAAACAGUUCACUGAUUUGAUGGAUGAAAAAUACCCUAAAAUUAGUCUGCACUUUAACCUCAUAGUCAUUGUAUCGUUUAGAAUCCAAAGUGCCAAUACUUUUGGCGCUCACUGUAUUUUCCUGAUUCUUGACCACUUUUUUGAUUUCUUGCCUCCAUUGAUUUAGUCAUCCUAUAAGGGUAAAAUCCAAUAAAUGUUGAAAGGAUUAUGGUAGAAACAUGAGGUUUGGACCAUUGGUGUUCUUAGAGGAGUAUCUACACAAUUAGCAUGUUAUUUUACCCAUUGGUCAAAAUAUGCCUUUUUGAUUGGACACCCUAAUAAUAGGCCUAAUAAUAUAGUCUACUGUAUCGAUUUUACCCCCAUCACUAACACACACAAACACACUGUUUGUUGGUGAGAUUGAGUGUGAUCCGGGCUGGAAUGUUGAUCUGCUUACAGACAGAACACACAAACUCAGUCAACCCAGCAUCUGCUGCCCCGGCUGCAUUCAACACUAAACACUAGCACAAAAGUGACAUAGCAGUAAUGCAGCAGUGACAUAACCAGAUGUACAGGAGGACGUCAAGGAGUCAUAUCACCAUGCCAGAGAGUCUGAGGUGUGUGUGUAUAGUAAGAAGGGAGGCAGGAUCUGUUACAGUAUAUAACAAAACAUAUGCCUAGGUUUCACUUUUGGUUUGGCAGCCUAUACCCGUAGCUGAUCUUUCAAAUGAUUUCCAGGUUCCAGUAGAAUAGGGCAUGUCUGUAUAUUUGUCAUUGUGUGUUUUCUGCCUGUAUGGACAGACACUUGAGCUCUCUGGUCUGUACAGUGGAAAUGCUCACCCCUGCCCUCUGUAACCUUAGCCUACGGGCAAUUUCUCGGUAAUAGAAUUACACUUAAAGUGUAUGCCAAACAAAAACCAUUGAUUUCAAAGUUUAACAAACCUUACAACUAUGUAUAAGGACUACUUUGAACAAUUAACACAGAACAUUUCACAAAAACACAUUUACUGGAAGAACUAUGCAGAUGCAAAGUUUGGUAACAGAAUUACGGUAUCACAAGUUUAGACAUUACAGUAGAGUGCAGAAGAGUAGAGUGCAGAGCGCAGUAGAGUACAGUAAAGUAGAUCUGUUCAGUACAGUUCAAUACAGUACAUUAUAUUGUACUCUGCUCUAAUGUGCUCUACUGAACUCUACUGUACAGUGGGUGAGGAUGCUUGUUACAGUAGAUGGAAAGAGGGUAGGUGUCGGUAAGAGCCGGGAGAGGUGACAUUAACUGGAGAGAGAGUGAGAGGGAGGGGUGGUCCAGACUGUUUUUACAGUCUUGCGUUGACCACCGAAACUAAUGUACUUUUUCAAUACGAGAACUUGAAAAUGGUUCGGUACUAGAAUUUUUGUUACUUAGUACUUCUGUCAAAUGUGUCUCAUGUCGUAUACUGAUUGAGAGGAUCGAGUCCGUCUUUUAAUUUGUCUAAAUCUUCUCAAGGGGGCCGUAAUAAGCUACCCAGGCUACAUGCGCUUGCACAUGCAAUGGUGAGUCGCUGUGUAGACCUGUGUAUGUAUGGUGUGUAGACUUCUAGGGCAAUCUAGAAGCUUCAGAAAUGAGCCGCAGUGUUGUUUUGGAAUUCAACUAUUCAUUAAAUUCAUUAGUAUCGUUUCGUUAUUGUGAUACCAAAACUGGUAUCGAAGUCAAAAUUCUGUUAUCGUGAAAACGCUACCGUACUGUCCAAACUUGUGAAACAUAGAUGUCUAUGAUUUGGUCCGGCCAGGUCGGACUGACAAUUUAAACUACUUUUCAACGUCCGUGGACGUCCGGUGUCGGUCGGUGCUCAGUGGGUGAGGAUGCUGGUGACAGUAAAUGGAACGAGGGUAGGUGUCAGUAAGAGCCAUUAACUGGAGUGAGAGGGAGGGGUGGUCCAGACUGUUUUUACAGUCUUGCGUUGACCACCAGACGACAAAAAGAGUGGGAAAAAACACAAAUGACAAAUCUGCCCGAUUCCGGCCUUGCGGAAGCACCCCCAGAUCAUCACCGAUCCUCCACCAAAUUUCACAGUGGGUGCGAGACACUGUGGCUUGUAGGCCUCUCCAGUUUCUCCGUCUAACCAUUAGACAACCAGGUGUUGGGCAAAGCUGAAAAUUGGACUCAUCAGAGAAGAUGACCUUACUCCAGUCCUCUACGGUCCAAUCCUUAUGGUCUUUUGCAAACCUCAGCCUGGCUCUUCUUUGCUUCUCAUUGAUGAAUGGCUUUUUUCUAGCUUUGCACGACUUCAGCCCUGCCCCUAGGAGCCUGUUUCGAACCGUCCUAGCCGUGCACUUCACCCCAGAUGCCGUUUGCCAUUCUUUUUGUAGGUCACUUGAUGUCAUCAUACGGUUGUUGCGUGACAUUCUAAUUAGUUGGCGGUCAUCCCGGUCAGUAGAGAGACGUUGUCGCCCUCUGCCGGUCUGUAGCUUUGUUGUCCCCAAUGUCUGUUGCAUGACCUUGUUCUUAUGAACAGCCGUCUUUAACAUUUUAAGGAUGGAAGCAACCUGACGGUCACUGUAUCCCUCUGCCAGUAAAGCCAGAAUUGAACACUUAUUUUCCUCACUCAAAACGUUCCUUUUCAACUCUUUUGGCAUGGUCAAUAGUUCUCUUUUGAUUAAUAUUACUUUUGAGGUACUAUUAGCACUGUUUUUGCCAUCCAGCUGGUCCUAUUGCAAGAGGAUAGCAGUGGUUUUUAUACUUUUUCUCGUUAAAUAAGAUUUGGUUCAGGUGAUCACCUAAUCAGUACCUAAUUCAGUAGAAUGAGGUGUGCCUGUGUUGGAAUUCAACAGACACUGGAAUGGAAUGGCUGUCAUACAUGUAGAGAUGCUGAUUUAAGAACAAUUUCAAAAGUUUGGGGUCACUUAGAAAUGUCCUUGUUUUCUAAAGAAAAGCAAUUUUUUUGUCCAUUAAAAUAACAUCAAAUUGAUCAGAAAUAGUGUAGACAUUGUUAAUGUUGGAAAUGGCUAUUGUAGCUGGAAACGGCUACAAUAGUGGAAUAUCUACGUAGGCAUACAGAGGCCCAUUAUCAGCAACCAUCAGUCCUGUGUUCCAAUGGCACGUUGUGUUUGCUAAUCCAAGUUUAUCAUUUUAAAAGGAUAAUUGAUCAUUAGAAAACACUUUUGCAAUUAUGUUAGCACAGCUGAAAACUGGUGUGCUGAUUUAAAGAAGCAAUAAAACUGGCCUUCUUGAGACUAGUUGAGUAUCUGGAGCAUCAGCAAUUGUGGGUUCAAUUACAGGAUCAAAAUGGCCAGAAACAAAUAACUUUCUUCUGAAACUCAUCAGUCUAUUCUUGUUCUGAGAAAAGAAGGCUAUUCCAUGCGAGAAAUUGCCUAGAAACUGAAGAUCUUGUACAACAUUGUGUACUAUUCCCUUCACAGAACAGCGCAAACUGGCUCUAACCAGAAUAGAAAGAGGAGUGGGAGGCCCCGGUGCACAACUGAGCAAGAGGACAAAUACAUUAGUGUCUAGUUUGAGAAACAGACGCCUCACAGGUCCUCAACUGGCAGCUUCAUUAAAUAGUACCCGCAAAACCCCAGUCUCAACGUCAACAGUGAAGAGGCGACUCCGGGAUGCUGACCCUCUAAGCAGAGUUGCAAAGAAAAAGCCAUAUCUCAGACUGGCCACUAAAAAUAAAAGAUUAAGAUGGGCAAAAGAACACAGACACUGGACAGAGGAAGACGAAUCGAAGUUUGAGGUGUUGGGUUCACAAAGAAUAACAUUUGUGAGACGCAGACCAAAUGAAAAGAUGCUGGAGGAAUGCUUGAUGCCAUCUGUCAAGCGUGGGGGAGGCAAUGUGAUGGUCUGGGGUUGCUUUGGUCGUGGUAAAGUGGGAGAUUUGUACAGGGUAAAAGGGAUCUUGAAGAAGGAAGGCUAUCACUCCAUUUUGCAACGCCAUGCCAUACCCUUUGGACGGCGCUUGAUUGGAGCCAAUUUCCUCCUACAACAGGACAAUGACCCAAAGCACAGCUCCAAACUAUGCAAUAACUAUCUAGGGAAGAAGCAGUCAGCUGGUAUUCUGUCUAUAAUGGAGUGGCCAGCACAGUCACCGGAUCUCAACCCUAUUGAGCUGUUGUGGGAGCAGCUUGACCGUAUGGUACGUAAGAAGUGCCCAUCAAGCCAAUCCAACUUGUGGGAGGUGCUUCAGGAAGCAUCUCUUCAGAUUACCUCAACAAAUUGACAACUAGAAUGCCAAAGGUCUGCAAGGCUGUAAUUGCUGCACAGAGUUCAAGUAACAGACACAUCUCAACAGCAACUGUUCAGAGGAGACUGUAAGAAUCAGGCCUUUGUGGUCGAAUUUCUGCGAAGAAACCACUACUAAAGGACACCAACAAGAAAAAGACUUGCUUGGGCCAAGAAACACGAGCAAUGGACAUUAGACUGGUGGAAAUCUGUUCUUUGGUCUGAUGAGUCCAAAUUUGAGAUUUUUGCUUCCAACCCACCGUGUCUUUGUGAGACUGUAGGUGAACAGAUAAUCUCCGCAUGUGUGGUUCCCACAAUGAAGCAUGGAGGAGGAGGUGUGAUGGUGCUUUGCUGGUGACACUGUCUGUGAUUUAUUUAGAAUUCAAGGCACACUUAACAAGCAUGGCUACCACAGCAUUCUGCAGCGAUAUGCCAUCCCAUCUGGUUUGCGCUUAGUGGGACUAUCAUUUGUUUUUCAACAGGACAAUGACCCAACACACCUCCAGGCUGUGUAAAGGGCUAUUUGACCAAGAAGGAGAGUGAUGGAGUGCUGCAUCAGAUGACCUGGCCUCCACAAUCACCCGACCUCAACCCAAUUGAGAUGGUUUGGGAUGAGUUGGACCGCAGAGUGAAGGAAAAGCAGCCAACAAGUGCUCAGCAUAUGUGGGAACUCCUUCAAGACUGUUGGAAAAUGUUCCAGGUGAAGCUGGUUGAGAGAAUGCCAAGCGUGUGCAAAGGCAAAUGGUGGCUACUUUGAAAAAUCUAAAAUAUAUAUUUUGAUUUGUAUAACACUUUGUGUUAUUUCAUCGUUUUGAUUUCUUCACUAUUAUUCUACAAUGUAGAAAAUAGUAAAAAUAAAGAAAAACCCUUGAAUGAUAGUUUGUCCAAACCUUUGACUGGUACUGUAUAUACACACAAAUACAUGCUCACUUCACUCACUCACAGGGAGAUCCAUGGAUGCACUACCCUUACACACUCACUCACAGGGAGAUCCAUGGAUGCACUACCCUUACACACUCACUCACAGGGAGAUCCAUGGAUGCACUACCCUUACACACUCACUCAGGUGCAAAAUUUUUAGGCUAGUAUGAUUGUCCAUGAAGCUAAAACAAAUUUCUCCUCUCUCUUAGGGCGAGUCUGUGAAGUAUUUCUUGGACAAUGUGGAGAUGCUGGGGGAUCAGGUAGGUUUCCUCUCUUUCCCUCAAUCAAUCUACCUCCAUCGCUCUCCAUCCCCCUCUCAUGUCCUCCACUCAUCCCUCUUUCUCUCUCCUCCAGAGCUACAUCCCUUCCCAGCAGGACAUCCUGCUAGCCCGUAAGCCCACUAAGGGCAUCCAUGAGUACGACUUUGAGAUCAAGAGCGUUCCCUUCAAGAUGGUGGACGUGGGAGGACAGCGCUCAGAGAGACGACGGUGGUUCGAGUGUUUUGACUCUGUUACCUCCAUACUGUUCCUAGUGUCUUCUUCUGAGUAUGACCAGGUACACACACAGUGGACACACACUCCCUCUGUUUCUCUCUCUCACACACUCUCCCUAAUUUAUUUGUAUUUAUUCUUUCAAGGUCUUGAUGGAGGACAGACAGACCAACCGUCUGAGAGAGUCAUUGGACAUCUUUGAGACGAUAGUCAACAACCGAGUCUUCCUCGCCGUCUCCAUCAUUCUCUUCCUCAACAAGACUGACCUCCUAGAGGAGAAGGUCAGUAACAUCGCAAUCCCAACAAACACUCUAGGGAGCAGGGUUCACACUCAAGAAAAUAAGCUCUAUUCGCUUUUCAGAGAUAAAUGUACUGAUGCCAAGUAUUAUAAUUGAAGCCACACCAACCUUCAGAUUAUACUAGGGCUGACCCCAAUUAGUCAGCUGGUCGAUUGUUUGGUCGAUAGGCAGUUGGUUGACUAAGAUUUUUUUUAGUCAAGCAGUAGCAAAAAAUAUAUGCGCCCAUCUCAGUGAACUAAUCCAUUGCGGAGGCCUAGACUAAAAGCCAAUUUAUGCUUGAUUUGUAAAUGUGGUCGGUGGCUCCAUAUGGCGGAUGUGACGCAAUUGUGUAGCCUUCGGAGGCACGCAGAGGCCAAAUCGAGCUCCAUACCACAUCGCCAUGCGCCUCCCAAAAAGUUGUAACAAUGCCGAGGCCUCUGUAUAGCUCCGCAUUGACAUGAUUGGUUGACGGUAGGUGGGGGCGGUACAUUCUGUAUGAACACAAACUCACUUCCUUGACAAUUUCCUUCACAACAGUUCUGCACUGCUCCGCGAAGCGCAAGAAGUAUGAAUGCCCUGACUUCUGCAGAGGCCAUAUCACUGGAAAUGCUGCAUGGCCGAUGCGGAGGCCGGAUUAACCAUGCAGCGCCCAGAUGCACAAUGCACUUCUCUCUCCAGAAUGCGCUCUCUCCCGUCAAUUUGUGCACAUUCUUUGUUUCAUAACGUAAUUGUGUGAAUUGUUUGCGUUUGGUUGUUAGUGGAUAUCAAUUCCCCAUUACAUAUAUCACCAGUAGUACAUUUAACAUUAAUUCCUCUCAAUUCUAACCUACAAUGUUUGUUUGGUUAUGGGAAUUUCUGUUAAUGCAUUCAAUAUACUAUGAUUCCUUUUACCGUUCUCAUUGUCGGAGUGGACGCAUUGUUUGCAGAGUGCACAACCUAUGCAACACUUGUGAGAAACAAGUUUUGGUUUAUUUCAUUCCAUUUAUUCAAUUUAGUCAUUGUCUUUUGUUUGGAGCGCUCCUGUCAAUGUUGAGCAAGGACGCACACCUGAUUCCGCUUUGAAGUAGGCCUAUAGGCUACCUGGCCUGAACGCUAAUGGAGGCAUAUAAAUGUGCCCAUUUGGGGAUCUGAUAGUAUUUCUGAUUGGCUUAACGCACAAACACUAAUGACCUGUGGAGCUUCUCAAAGUAAUGUUUUCUUCACCUCAAACAGCACGCAAACAAAGUCUGUUUUUACAUCCAUUGAGAAUGACAAAAGUUCCUCAAUGUAUUUGAAAAAUCUUUCCAGCUGUCUCCCUUUCGAUAACCACUCGGCGUGAAAGGGAAAAAUGUAAUGCUCUAAUCCAGUGGAAAUGUCAUAAAAUAGGCCUACCUGAUUACUUCAUAUCAGUGCUUGACUUGGACUGAAAUAGGUUCCGGUACUCAUUUUGGGUGCUGGUACUGUUUAUAUUUAAGUGCAGGAGCUCCACACUACUUUUGAGCUAAUAUUCUAUAAGAGGAACAGGAGCUCAAGCAGUAGAACAUUUGAGGUGUCAGUAGUCCACUCCGGUGAGCUCCUGCCCAAGUCAAGCACUGCAUCUUAUCCCUUGCCCAAAUAGCCUAGAGCUGUGUCCGUCCUGAGCUUACUGGCACUGGAAACUCUGAGGGCCCAGAAUAUUUUAUACAAUGUUGCAAGUUCACUAGCACAAGCUUCUGGCAGACCCAAGUUAAUAGUUGAUACAAUGUUUCAAGUUCGUUGCAAACAGGCCAUGCUUAGCCAAUGUGCUUUAUAGGAUAUUUAUUUUUAUCAGGAUAUUGUCUACCUGCAGGCUGCAAUGUUUUUAUUUGUUGGCUUUAUGUAGGCUAUUUUUACAUAGUUGGCAAUGGCAAUAGAAGUUACUUUUUAGGUUUGGAUAGAAUGUUGAUUGACCACAUGACAAUGAUUUUGAGAUAUAAAGACGUUAUUAUAUAAAUUAAAUUAAACUUUUCCACGAAAAUGUGCAUAUGAAAACCAUAACUGGCACGCAGAUUGGUAGAAAUGGUAAGAUAAAUUGGCAUUUCACAUGAGAAAGGUUGCCGACUCCUCCUGUAGCCUAUUACCGGCAACUUCAGGAGAGUAAUGGCAGAAUCUGCGAAAGCCAGCAGGAGAGGGAGGAGAAUGGUUGGGUCAGGUUUUUUCUUCUGGUUAUCUAGAUCUCUGGCUCCCGUUUGAGUCAUUUGUGUCAUCAAACAGUAAGCUUAAAGCAUCAGACAAGCUCAAUGCAUACAGCUGAUGUGUCUAUAUAUGGAAAAAUACACAUUUAAAAGAACAGAUUACUUUCAGUCGACCAAGAUGUUUUUUUAGUCGGGGACAGCCCUGGAUCCUACUGACGUUCCAUGUUGUCUACACACACACCCUCACUCACACACUCAUUACUGACGCCACACACUUACACCCACAUGCUCGCACCUACGCUGCUGAUAAAAUUAUUAUUGAUUACAUUUUUUACUACCAUUUACACUGCUGUUCAUUGAUUAUUAUUUGCCAUUACCAUUAGUAUCUAUUUAUCCCGCUACUGGUCACUAUUACUCCUGUUUACAUGUAUAUAUUUCCAUUAGUAUAUUUCCAUAUGUAUUUAUAUAUUCCUGCUAUCAGUCACUUUUCAGCCCUGUUUACAUCUAUAGCUUUCUACCAGUCACUGUUUAUGUAUAAACCCACCUCAACCACUCCAGUUCCCCUUCACCAGGGUUUCCGUUAGCCGGUAAAUGCCGGCUUUUGGCCAAAAUAAUAAAUACAAUUGUUGCAGGCCAAAUUGUCAGAAAAAAAAUAAUUCCAUUGCAAAAUAAUACUUUUUAUUCAUUGAUGGAAAUACCAGUCGAUGUGGUCCAACUUCAAAGGCAAAUAUACUUCAUAGGGUAAUAAAUCCUCAAGCUGCUGGGACAUUAGUGUCGGGUGUUUUUCGACUCAAAAUUGGCGAAGAUUGUGUUGAUUAUCCCCAUUUUCAGUGUGCCCGCCGAGAGGGGAUUCUUCCUCCAAAACAGAGUAAAGACGGCCUCAAGAUCGCACCUUCUUGAGGACAAAGUACGAGGCUGAUGCGCAUUGCAAGCUUCUCCAAGGAGUUGGACAGUUUUGACUUCCCAACAGCAGCGGCUCACUUUGAGCAGGCCGAGGUCCGCCACAAACGCUAGUAAAUUGGAGGCAAAUUGUGUUCGUCGGGCCUGUUCCUAGCAGUUCUGCUGCCGCCCUAGGCAAGAUCAUAAUAUGCCACCCCUGUGUCAUGUAUAGUAUAAAUAUUUGGAAUGGAUUGAUAGAGUAGAGUAAUGGUGUGUAUCAGUUGAGCUUAUUUAGUAGCACUUGGAAACGAAACAUCGUUGCCAACUAUUCAAAUCAGAGAGUUAAAAUGUUGCAAUCACUAGGCAGCCAACUGCCUAUAGUAGGAAACAGAGUUGUUAUCAAUAAACCACGUAUAUCACACAUGACACAAGUUACGACCCCACGAUAGUUCAAAUUACAAUAAACAACAUAUAUUAACAUCAUCCAUUAGCACUGUAAAAAGAGUAUCAUUUUAGCUUUGGAAACAAGUGCUUUCAGAAAUGCAUGGCGCGGGCCUCGUUUCACAGGAGCAUUGUAAAAUGAGCUUUCUCUCAAUGAACCAGUCUUAACGAAUUUCGUUUUAUUUACAUAUGAGUUUUUAUAAUUUAUUCAUUUUGUGGCUGCCUAGAGUGGCCUCGUUCCACUGCUGUGGUGCUGAUUUGCAGCGGGAAUGGGGAGUGGGGAGGGCCGGCCCUGGUGUUGUAGACAGCCAUGUUUUGUUAUUUAUUAAGCCUAAUUAAAAUGUUCAUGCCUAGGCUAAAUUAAAUUAGAGGCCUAGAUUGUAUUUGAAAACAGCUGUAUUUUGUUAUUAAUUAAAGUGUUCAUACAAAUGGCCUAUAGGACAGGUCGUUCGCAAAAUAUAUUAUACAAAUGUUAUAUUUUGAAGUUGUUUUUAUUACUGUGUAGGCAACUUGUUCUUUUUUUUUAAAUGAUGUUAAUUUAUAAUUUAUAGCAGGGAUGAAGAUAUGCAACAGACAAUGUUUUGCUUUUCAAUAAAACCUGUCAUGUUGGUAUAAGAACAUCGUUCUACUUGAUUGUAAUACAACUUUACAGGCUAAUUUAUAUUCUGUUAAAAUGAAUUAAAAUCAUCUAAAUGUGAUUUUGAGCACCGUGGGUGGACGCCGAUCUGGAUGCAGACCGAUGUCCGGUAGAUUUCUCAAAUGUCCGGUAAAUUUUAAAAUCUUGCCGGUUAUGUUGUCCUGUGCCAAAUUUACCUGAUGGAAACCCUGCCCUGCACAUUGAAUAAGGGACUGGCACUGACCUGUAUAUACUUGCGUUCUCGUGUUUCUUGAACUUAUAUCGUACGUCUUCUGUGUUUUUAUUCUAUUUUCUAUUAUCUACUGCAGUGUUGGGAAAGAGCUCUCAGGAAAUAAUUUCACUGUAUUGAUUUGCACCUGUUGUAUUCUGUGCCCGUGGGGAAUAAACGUUUAAACUUUGUGUUGAUCUGAUCCCUGUUCCCGGCAGGUCUCGAACAUUUCACUGAAGAAAUACUUUCCAGAGUACACGGGGCCGGACCACAGCCUGCCAGACGUCCAGAAGUUCUUAGUGGACUGUUUCCGGGGGAAGAGAAGAGACGCGACACAGAAGCCCCUGUACCACCACUUCACCACAGCCAUCAACACGGAGAACAUCCGCCUGGUGUUCAGAGACGUCAAGGAUACCAUCCUCCAUGAAAACCUCAAACAGCUUAUGCUCCAGUGA